GUGGUAGGUAUCAGCUGAGCAGCAUUCUCGUCGCUGUGCCUACUCACUUCUAUCAAUUAGGCGUUCUAAUUUCUUUCACAUUAAGAGUGCUAAACUAAUUGUCAAGGUAGCGGGCUGCGUCCGUGAAACGUAGCGUACAAGCCAAUAGUAAACGAAACAUCUGUGGUAUGACACAGACGUUUGCUGAUAACGUUUUCUUUCAGUCAUACCGCAUGUCGAUGCGGAGUUGGUCGUCGCUCCUGCCCGCAUCAUGGCCCGCGAAAUUUUCCCGGUAAAAUUCAAGGAGGAAUGUUACGACUUGCAAAAGUUCUUGCGCGACCACCCGGGCGGGGUGAACACCCUUCAAAUGUACAAAGGGAAGUCUAUUUUGCAAGCGAUGCAAAAAUUCGGGCACAGCACCAGUGCAUAUCACUUAAUGAAGGAUUUAAAAGUGGACGGUGAUGUGUUGAAAGACGUGAAUUUAACAGGGGGUGUCAGUGAAAAUGGUAGGAUACUAACAAACGAGGACUCCAUGAGGGAUCCAGAAGAGAUUGAGUUUUUGGAACAACUAGAGAGCCGUCUAGACUGGUCGAAGCCUUUGCUGUGCCAGCUCCACGCCAUAGCGCCGGACUACGAGAAAUGGGUUAACAGCGCGGUCUACCGGAAAUGUAGACUUUUCGCGAGCCCAUUGCUCGAGAGUCUAACAUAUACGCCAUGGUAUUUCGUUCCUAUGUUCUGGAUACCUGUAAUUUUAUAUCUUGGCUGGACGCAGUAUUACGAGCAAGUCGCUUGUGGAGAACAUUGCACAGAUGCGAACAUCACAACAUUCCAGUACGUGUAUUAUAUUUCAUUGGGAGUGCUGUUGUGGACGAUACUGGAAUACUCGCUGCAUCGGUGGAUCUUUCACUUGGACCCGGGGUCGUCGCUCAUCAUGAUCAAACUGCAUUUCUUAAUACACGGCAUGCACCAUAAAGUUCCCUUUGAUGGUUUGCGCCAGGUGUUCCCCCCCAUACCGGCUCUAGGUAUAACCACAAUAAUAUACUCAGCACUUCGGCCGUUUCUGCCCUACCCUGUGCUAGUGCUGACCGGAGGACUCAUUGGCUACCUAACUUACGACAUGAUACAUUACUAUGUUCAUCACGGCUCGCCAAAAGACGGAACCUAUCUGUACGCGAUGAAGAGAUACCACUCGAACCAUCAUUUCCUCAAUCACGACAAAGCAUACGGCAUAAGCUCGAAAAUGUGGGACCAUGUGUUCAGGACAGUUGCUCACGUAAAAAAAUUAAGUUUUAGCUUACGUUGGUAGGAAGUGUUUAUUUAAAAAAAAAAACAAUCACUGAAUAUUUAACAAAUGCUAAGUCAAUUAAAGGUGGUAUUUUUUGAUGUAUUACUACUAAUUUUAUUUAAUAUCAAAAUCAAAUUCUUUUAAGACAUUAAUUUAGUAUUUGCUUUGAACGUUUACAUGGCGUAUCAAAAAAAAAGAAAUAUUUUUGUAAUAAUGUAUGAAUAAUGUUCCUUGUAAUGCUUUGUCAUUUAGUUUUCGAAAGCAUGAAAACUGUGGUACUUGUAUUAUUUUAAAUUGUUCUGUAUUUUAUUUUCUAGUUUAAUGUAUUUUUUUAUUUCUUUUAAUGUCAUUGUUCUAUUAUAGUUGUGAUGAAAAUGUGAUUAGUUUUCGUAUUAUAAUAUAGAUGUUUAAUAUAGGUUUAUGGCGCAGUUAGGUUAUUUAAAUGUGCUAUUGUGAUUUUAAGACAAGUCGUCGUGGCCUAGAGGAUAAGAGAGCCGGAGCAUUCGUAUCGAGCGAUGCGACUCUGCCGGUGUUCGAAUCACUCAGGCAGAUACCAUUUUUUUAAAGUAAUACAUACCUCGCUUAUGUUCACGAAUGACUUACACGAUGAAAGAAUAACAUUGUGUAUUAAAAAUCUGUCAUAAAAAUUAUUGCUUAGUGUAAUUAUUUAGUGGUAGACCGUAUUAUGAGCCCGUGUGGGUAGGUACUGCUAUUUUACAUAUUUCUGCCGCUGAAAUAUAAUGCGGUCUAGUUUAAAGGCCGGCGCAGCCGUUGCACUAAGCAGUUAAGCAUCAGAACUCGGCAUUUGCUUUGUUGAUGUCCAUGGGCUCCGGUAUCCACUAGGCACCAGGUGAGCUCCGAGCUCGUUCCACGGAAUAUAUAAAAAAUGAAUGAAUUAUCAAAAUAUUUUUGGGAACAAAAAGUAUUUUUAGCUUUAUUAAUAAUGUUAUUUUAUUAUAUAAUUGUGUACUUAUAUAUGUAAUUGUGAACUUAUAUAAUGUAAAUCUAGUUUGUUUCACAGUUGUCAAAUGGGGAACAAUUACCGAAACACUAAAAUUAUACUAAUUAAUUUCAGAUAUAUCGUGAAUAGGUCGGAAAUUAUUUUUUCAAAUUUCAUUUACAUACUUAAGAUAUUUUAUCAUACUUUCUUUAGAUUUGAUAAUAAUAUGAGAUACCAUUUCGUUCGAUAACUCGAGGCCUUUUUUUCAUAGUAAUAUUAACUCAGUAACUGCGAGCUAGUCUGUGGAGCUUGACGGCCCUUUGGACAUGAUCUUUUUCGCACGUUCUUGUCGUGGGUAAACAAUCCACUUUUCAUCACGAGCGAUCAAUCUUUUCAUAGACGGUUCUGUUUCUUUACAAAUAAGAAUCGCAAAGGAGUGACGAAAUUCAUUAAAGUCGCUUUUAGUCAGCUCGUGUGGUAUCCAAAUACGUGCUUUUUUUUUAUUUCCAAACCUAUCGAAUCGGUCCAGACUGCUUUGUGGUCAAAUCGUAGCUUUUCAUCUCUGUUUCCUCCAAAGCAUUACGGAACCAAGUCCGUUAAACAGCUCUUAUUUAUUUUUUAUGAAACUGCCUUUGAAAUUACUCGUUAGAUUCAUUUUAUCGAACUUUAAAAGGCGGGAAACUGUUUUUAAUUUUUUAAUUUUCCAUUUUGAAUAGUCUAUUUAAAUAGUAUCAUCAUAACAUGCCAAAAACAAACAGUACAACUAAAUAAAUUUUUUGUAACCUUUGCUCUUAAAUUAAAAAAAAAAACUUUCCCUUGCCUAAUAUGUUAUAAUAUUUCGUCAAUGAAAACUAUUUAGGUUGACAGAAUAAUAAUAAAAAAUGUAUAGAAAAUUAGUUUAUAUCAAAAUAAAUACUCGUGAUGCCUCUUUGAUGUAAAUAUCCGCGGUCAUUUAACGAAAAAGCACACUAAGUAAUGUUGUAUUGUAAUGCUUUGGAUUAUUUGGAUUUGAAAUCGCGUUUGGUUAUUUUCAGUAAGGCUGUGUGAAAUUACUAAACUAACGUCCUCGUUCUAGGUAGUAAUAAAAAAUAAGAUCGCCGAAUUUUCAUCGUUCAAAAACGAAAACAAUACAUUCAUAUUCAAGGCACGUUCAAGGACGAGUGAAAUAAUAAUAACCUAAAAGUGAAAUCUCUGGUGUUAUUUUUUUUUUAUUUAAUACUUCCCUAUUGCAUUACACAUUAACAAGGAAUUAAAAGACAUAUUAUGUAGUUACAAUAAAGCAUUGCAAGGUGAAAUUUUGCAAUCACGAAUCACUGACUGUUUUAAAAAAAAAACCUUAAAAAUGUUCAUAUUUCGGAAUUAAAGCUUAUUCUUAAAUUGCAGUUUUAAUUUAUGCAAAAAUAUAUUAUCUGUGAUCCGACAUAAACACAAUUGUAUAUUUAUUUAUAUUACAUAAUAAUAAUAGGUCGUAGCUUUGAACUCGCAAUUCCAGUAGUGGUGGAGAGUGUUAUAAUUCUUAAGUAAAUUAAAGAAGAGGAAAAUAUACAAAUCAAAUGUCAAUUUACAAUCUUUGAAUGUAAUUUGUAAUUAUAUAAAAAAAAAACUUUCGGUCAUGCCUAUGAGUUGUUUUUUUUUUGUAGCGGUCUAGAAUACCACCACGACUCUUCAAAGAGGUAACUAAAAAAAAUAUAAAAAAAUUGUUAUUAUAUUUCUAGCUUUUUGUUUGUAUGAAUCAUAAUAAAUAAUGCGAUAAUAUUAAAUAUUAUUUUUGUAG